CUCGCCUCGGCCCAGCCUCGGGGUCCGGGCGGAGGGUUCCACUGUCCGCGGGGCCCGCGCCUCUGUGCUUCUCCACGGUGCCGGCUGCGCGGAGCCGGGAUGCGCUGCGCCUGCUGCGGGUCCUCACUAUGGAGCCCAAACGCCUGGAGAUUCCCGGCAGCGUCCUGGAUGAUCUCUGCAGCCGAUUUAUUUUGCAUAUUCCCAGUGAAGAAAGAGACAAUGCGAUCCGAGUGUGCUUCCAGAUUGAACUUGCCCAUUGGUUUUACUUGGAUUUCUACAUGCAGAACACACCAGGAUUACCUCAGUGCGGGAUAAGAGACUUUGCCAAAGCUGUUUUCAGUCACUGUCCGUUUCUGCUGCCACAAGGUGAAGAUGUGGAAAAAAUUUUGGAUGAAUGGAAGGAAUAUAAAAUGGGAGUCCCGACUUACGGUGCAAUUAUUCUCGAUGAGACACUGGAGAACGUACUGCUGGUUCAGGGGUACCUGGCAAAGUCAGGCUGGGGAUUUCCAAAAGGAAAAGUAAAUAAAGAAGAGGCGCCCCAUGACUGUGCGGCGAGAGAGGUCUUCGAGGAAACUGGUUUUGAUAUAAAAGACUAUAUUUGUAAGGAUGAUUACAUUGAACUGCGAAUCAAUGACCAGCUUGCUCGCUUGUACAUCAUUCCAGGAGUCCCAAAAGACACAAAAUUUAACCCCAAAACCAGAAGAGAAAUUAGGAAUAUUGAGUGGUUCUCCAUUGAGAAAUUGCCCUGUCAUAGAAAUGAUAUGACUCCCAAGUCCAAGCUUGGCUUGGCACCUAAUAAGUUUUUUAUGGCCAUUCCCUUUAUCAGACCACUAAGGGACUGGCUGUCUCGAAGAUUUGGAGAUUCCUCGGACAGUGACAAUGGGUUUUCCUCAGCUGGUAGCACACCAGGUAGACCCACCGUGGAAAAAUUGAGUCGAACAAAAUUCCGCCAUAGCCAGCAGCUGUUUCCUGAAGGUUCCCCGAGUGACCAGUGGGUAAAGCACCGGCAGCCACUGCAGCAGAAGCCACACAGUAACCACGCGGAGGUGGCGGACCUUCUCAGAGCAAAGAAUCAAAAUAUGAGAGGGAAUGGCAGAAAACAGUAUCAAGACUCACCUAAUCAAAAGAAGAGAGCGAACGGAGUCCAUGGUCAGCCAGCAAAGCAACAGAAUCCCUUGAUGAAAUGUGAAAAGAAGCUGCAUCCACGGAAACUUCAGGACAACUUCGAGACAGAUGUCACAUGUGACUGGCCUUGUUCUGGUGAAGAGCCUUCGGUGGAACAUGCUGAGGGACAUUCUGGGGCAUGCAACGGACAUUGCAAGUUCCCAUUUUCAUCCAGAACCUUUCUGAGUUUCAAGUUUGACCAAAAUGCUAUAAUGAAAAUCUUGGACCUUUGAGCCAGCAAGAGUAUUGCAGAAGUCCCUCGAUCUGAGACCUGUUGCAUGUGAGUGGCUGUCUCCUCAAGCCUUACCUUUCUCAGGUAUCUGAAAGAAGUGCAGGGAGACCAUGUUUCUAAAGAGAUGUUCUGUACAGACGAGAAACUAGAAAGAAACACAAGUUUGCACUGUAAAUGCAGUUAGAACUUUUUAUAUGGAUUUACCGUUUCAGUGUUUGGAACCCAGUUUUAGUUGCCUGUGGUUUUUUGUCUCUCCCUUAUUUUCACGUGACUGUGUUUUGUUUUAUAUUCUGAUCAAGAGUUGUUUUGAUUGCAUCAUCAGCAAGUAGCCAUGUCAAUAGAAGUGUUUCACCUCCCCAUCUUAGUGAUUGCAAAAAGCUUGCUUAUUGAAAACUUAAAGGAACUUAAAACCCCAGUUACCAAUGUACUGGGCAUCGGAGCUGAACCAUGAGGUGAGGAUGCCGGCGUUUACUCAUCUCUGCCUCUAACCACCGAGAGUCUAACCUUCCAACUGGAGUCGCACAGUGAACCUCGAGCACUUCAUCAGGACCACAUCUACAGCCUGAAGAGAGAUGGAGUCAGUGAGGAGCUGAUGCUGUGAUGUUGAGCUAUGAUGUCAAAAAACCUGUGAGUGCUGGAGCAGAAAGCAUGGACGCAGUAGCUGACAGUUUACUCCAGGUCAUGCCUUGACUCUCCUGCCUCUGUCCGUUCAGUAUUGUGUCGUGAUUAUGCUCGUGUGAAACGUCUAUGCGUAUUCUAGUUGUGUGAGUCUGUGUGGAAAACUUCAUUCUUAGUUCUAUAUUGCAUCUCAGUGUUGGUCUGUGUAAGCUGAUAUUAUGUUAGGUUCCAGUUUGCAGUAAUACUAGACUGACAUGCUUUUAAUUAAUAUCUUGAAGCCCCUGAGUUACAAAGUGAGAAAGAAGGGGUUCUGCAGUUUACCCAGUACCAGUAAAUCCAGCAUGUCAUUAGGGGACCAACCCUUGAAGUAAUGUACUUAGAUCACACGUAGGAAUGUAUUUUGUAUUUUGCUCCUUCAGAAUUCUUAAACCAAACACUGGUGACAGUGCCCACUUUGCAGAGGAUCGCCUGUUGUUGAGGACAAUCACCAGAGCUUUAAGGAGGCAAUAUGUUGGCUGCCCCUGACCUCACUGAGAAUCUCUUCUGGGGUGGACGGGGCUGUUAGAGUGCAUGUGUACACGUGCAUCUGUCGUGUGCAGUUUUAACAAGUGGUAUCCACAAAGUAUAUCUCUGCUUAUAAAUAGUACUAUAGAAAUCUUUAUUCUGUAUAUGUAGCCUAUUUAAUUGGGGUUCUACCUAACCCCAUGGAACUUAAAAAGAAGGGCUAUUAUUAUAAGGAAUUCACUUGGUAUUACUACUUUGCUUUAGCUUUUAAAUGACUGAUUUUAAAGAAGAAAUUAUAUUUAUUCAUGAAAGUGUCACUCGGUGCUAAGCAGGAGACUUCACAGUGAUACAGUAUGUUUGGAAUCUUCUAUGCGACUACUUUGUGAAUCCUUCUGUGACCUUUGCUUUUUAAUGCAUUAUAUGAUUGUGUUUGGAAGCCCUUACUGUUCUUGUCAGAAAUACAGCUGCUUUGCUUGGGUCUUCUUGAGCCAUAUUUAUAGUUGGUCCCAGCAUUCCAGAUUUCUGUUAAAUGGUUAAGGGAGUGAAAACUGAAGCUUGCCUGGCAGUGAGCCACUGUCACUCCCUGACUGUCACCAAGAAACCACUGUGUGUGUGUGUGUGUGUGUGUGUGUGUGUGUGUGUGUGUGUGUGUAUGUGUGCGCGUGUGAGUGUGUGUGCGUGUGAGAGAGAGAGAGAGAGAGAGAGAGAGAUUGAGAUUCUUCUUAAGUGAGUACUUCAGUCAGUCCCUGGUGCCUGUAGAGGUUGGAUUCUCAGCUCUCCAUACUAGAGCAAAAUCAGCUAGCCAGCACAAGGUAUGGCCCUUAAAGUGGUUGACUGUAAAAACCAGCCAGUGAUGUGCUGCUUCAUUUAACGCACUGUGGAACAAAGCAAGGGCAUGGUUGGGGUGCAUUACGAUAACUUUAGGCUUUAGGUCUCUCAACAGGCUGAAAUGUUGAGAGAGUAAGGUUUGUAUGUGUGCUGUGACUCAACUAUGCAGAAAAUGUUAAGUUGGUGUUCUUGUUAAUGUAAGUCCAGCGUACGUACUUCUUCACUGUACAGGUUAGCUGAGAGACCAUAUUUAGCACAGGACUGGAGUUCUUCUCUGAGCUAUGUUAGCAUUUCUUCAUAGAAUCUAGUGAUAAGGAUGCUGAAUAUGCAAUAAUGUGCUUCUGUGUAGUGCUGCAUUUAGAGACGCUAGAGGGAACAGUAGAUACGUCAGCCUUAUUAUUAUUUGUGUUUGAGAGGUGAGACUUUGAAAUCACUUUUAAACAUCCUUAGGAUCCAACUGCAUGUGUUCCGAGGUGCAGUGCACUGUGAAUCUUUUUAAGUCUAAGUUUGUAGGUGCUUUUAUGUGUAACUUAAGUGGUUGGAAGAAUGUUAAGUAACUUUGUCCUCAACCAUUGUACUCAAAGAGACAAAGGAUACAGUUUACAUACUCUCUGUAAGACGUUGUUAAGAAAUAGUGAAUGAAUGACUCUAAGAUUUCAAACGGAGACUCCAUCCUGAGACAUGAGCACUUGGAGGGGCUGGAAUAACCGAAUAGAUCAGAUAGCUUGGAAAACUUGGUGAGCCAUGUUGAAAGAGCUAACUAGAUUUUUGUACCAAUAUGUGAAAGAUAGUUGCCCAGAACUGUCAGAGGGAUUGUGGUCACUGCUUGCUGCUUUGACCUUUGAAUAUCAUUAUUUUUAUAUUAAAUACUAAUUAGUAAUUAGCUAUAUAGCAGAUUAAUAUUAUGCUGUAAGACUUGGCUAUGCUUUUUUGGGAGACUUUAAUAAUUUACAUGUAAUGUCAAUAAAAAUACAAAUCUAAGAGAAUGGCUACAGGAAUCAGAUUCCUUUAUAAAAUACUGUGUUUUCUAAAAAUGUCAAGGACUGGCACCUGUGUGCAUUAAAAAACAUUUCAUUACCAAAUUCCUUACCAGUCCUGUUCCUCUAGCAUCAGUUCAACAGUAAGGAGAGAGUAGGACCUGAAAUGAUAACUGUCUGGACAGGUUUUAUUCCCAUAAUGCCUCUUGGCCUUUGCUGUGUCUAUGCGUGCCAUGUUGGAGAUUUUAAUGACAGCUGUUGUGUCCAUGUUCUCUGAGGCAGUAUUUUCUUUGUAUUAUUAUUCAUGGUUGUAUUCAUUAAUACUUCUUCCUCCUGUUUUUGAGUUGGGUUGUAAGAGGUUCAAACGUGUUAUAACUAGAAUUGACCAUCAGCAAAGGACACCACUCCUAGGUCUAAUGGUAUUCUUCACCUUUGUGUAUGUAGUGUUACUCCUUAGAGCUCAGUACAGCUGGUGUACAACACUUCAGAAUACAUUUGUAUAGUUUCUUAAAAGCCUAGAAAUGGCCUAGAAAUAGUAGGCCUCUCCACACCUUCCUAUCAGUAUAUGUAGAAUUGUCACUCCUGAAGCCUGUGUCAGAAGGCAGGUUGAGAUCAGCAGUAUGAGAUUUGUCAUAAGGGUUUUGCCGUUUUAAGUGUGUUGUGGGAAAGGAUCUUGAACAGAACAGAUAGUCAGCAGUUGCUGGGCAGAGUGAGGAAGAAACUACUACGCAUUCUGGCACUUGAGUGCUUCCUGGAAGGAUGCUCAGGGGAGAAAUGUGGCUGCCCCCUGCCCAAGCAGAAUUGAGCAUGCAGUUCUUUCCAGGCAUUUUCUAUUCUUUGGUGAAGUAUUGUUUUCUAAGUAUGAUCACCAAGCAGUCCAUGGUUGCUAAUGGAAUUUUUUUGCCCUAAGGACCAGUGUUCGAGUCCUUUCUGUGUUGAUUCUGUCAAGCUCUAGGCUGAGUUUGGGGUUUUUUUUGUUUGUUUGUUUUUUGUUUAGUUGGUUUUUCAUUACUUUAAUUUGUUUUUAAUGUGUAUGUAUGUUUUGCCUAUAUAUUUGUUUGUAUACCACAUGUGUGCCUGUGGUGCCCAGGGAGGUCAGAAAAAGUGUGUCGGAUGAUCCCCCCUCCACCUCCCGGAACUGAGGUUCAGAGCAAUUGGAAAUGGAACCCAGGCCCUCUGCCAGAGAUCUCAACCUCUCUGUUGUUGAUAACAAGGUAGCCCAGAGUGUUGCACAGUCAUGUGCAAGUGCUGGCAGCACUUUCCUUGUGACAAACAGCAUUUGUCACUGAAGUACUCUACAGCCAUUGAAAAAUGAAGACUCAGCCCACCCUCCUGGGUAGAACUGGAUGAAAGGGCAUUUCUGUCAACUAAGUUCAGUCAGGGAGGUUGUUUGUUUGGGUUUUCCCUGUAUACAUCUUUGUACUUGGUGUUAAAGCUCAGAGGCUUCGUUUUGAGACCUGUUCAGAGUGGAAUAUCUAAUUUGAAGCCAGCCAUAAAGAGAUUACAUUAAUCUGGGGUCUUAGUGUAGCACAGGGGUUGGGGCUGUCUCUCUGUCACAGUUUAAAAGGAAUUCACCCCAAGAUGCUACUAGUUGGGCAGGAUUGACCAAGGGCCCUCUGGGAAAAGGAACCCCAGGAGUAUCAGUUUCAGGGUGUGACUUGGUCCUCCUAGUGGACAUCGGCUCUUUGGUGGAAGGUAGGUGUGUCUGCUAUGGGGGGGGGGGGUGUGGUUUUGUAGAUAUUGUUACUAGUUUGUUAAGUGUCCUUUCCUGAGCAUCUGUUUCAGUAUUCCUCAGGCUUUUUGUUUGUGCUACGUCUCUAAUCCAUCUGACACCAUGAGAAUUUGCUGUAAGUUUAACUCCUGAGCCUCAAGUAGAUAAAAGGGCUGUGUUCUCUCAAGUCAAUGUCUAUAGCGUGGAACUGGUGUGGGAGCACAGAAAACACUUGAGGUUCUCCUUGGUAGCUUUAGAGUGGAACGGGCAGCAUUUCCGAACACUCAGUUCUUAGGAUAGUGAGCUUUUAAAGUAGAAGGUAGGGUGCUUUCUAAUUUUAAUUAUUUGAUCCAAAUGUGUAAAACAGUAGCUCUAGACUGGUGAAGCAUUUGGCACACAGUUGUGCAUUUUAAAAGCCAUUUCUCAAGCUUUAAGACAUUCAGCACAGCCUUUGCAGUGUUCAGCAGAGGCACGAAUGCAAGCAGAGGUGCAGCCAUGAGGUCGGUGUCCAACGCUGGCUGUGGCUGGAGAAAUGCCGUAAUACUUGUGGAGCGUGAGCAGCAGUGGAUUGGCCACAUGAUGUGCACGGUGCCUUGGGAAAGCAUGAGCUGGUCCUGCAGGAAUCUGCAUUUCACUCAUGUCUGAGCAGCACAUUUUAGGCUGUGUUUGAAUGUCUCACAAGUUACUGUUACGUGUCAAAUGCAAGAAUCCAAGGAACUGAGCCUUUCAUUUUACAUGUUGUUUGAAAUUAGGACAAGAGACAAUUCACUUCUGUUGUGUAAAUAGUAAUUUUUUUUCAGUUCAGCAAAUAGGGCAAAACAGUAAAACCAUUAACUUUUAGUUUUUGAAAACUAUUUUUUUAUAUUUGCUGAUAAGUUUUAAAUCUUAUGGUAGUUGUAAAAAUGAGUAUUGACUUACUAGACUUAUGUAUAAUUCAAUUAAUCUGUUGGCUUCAAUGAAACCAUAAUGAAUCUUCAUGAAUGUUCAUGUAUUUAGCUAUUUUAAGUGAUAUUCUCUUAAUUCGGAUAGGUCAGGCCAGUAGAGAUGAUGCACACCUGUAAUCCCAGCACUUGGGAAGCAGAGGCAGGAGAGUCUCUGAGUUUGAGGCCAGCCUGGUCUACAGAGUGAGUUCCAGGACAGCCAGGGCUACAUAGAGAAACCCUGUCUGGAGGCGGGAGUGGGGGGGUGGGGUGGAGUGGGGAGGGGGUGUUGUGGGUGGAAAAUGGGCGGGGGGUAAGUUUAACAAAAUUGAAGCAUAGUUUGGGUGCAAAAGUGAAUAAAAUUUGGAUAUUUUUAUGCACUGUGUCUUUGGUUUAUAGUAGUUUACACUCUGCUGUGAAGAUCUGAUGUUCCUAAACAGUGUAGUCUUCAAACAGUUUGGGAAAGUUGUAAGCAUGCAGAGUCAUAGAAGCUACAGAAAGCUGGUACAUGAAUUCUGGUGAAAUUGCUUCAUUAAUGAUACAAUAGUCAGUGAAAAACCUAGGCUUCAGAAUAAGUAGAUUUGUAAACUCUGUUUCUUAAUUGGUUUUGUCUUAUAUAAAAUGAUUUAACAUAGAAUCUCUGCCAGACUUCUAACGACGUUUUAUAUUUUAUUGGGAGAAAGAUGAUGUAAACAAACCCUUUACAUGAUUAUGUCUGUGAUAAUAGGAAAGUGUUUGCUUAACUGUAGUUAUUAGUCAAACAUUUAGGGAAACCAAAAAGGAACCCCCAAAAUAGCUCGUUGGGUUUACUGUAGUGUGACAGCAUCCUUUAGUGCUACAUUUAUUUAGUGAGCCCCUCCCCCGAGUUUGGUGUAUAUGAAUAAUUGGAACUGCUUUUCACCUACAUUGAUGUGACUCAUAAAUCUCUAGUGACUCGGGUCUGUGAAUUAGUGAUGCUGGAGCACCGCCCUUCCAAAGAUGUGGGGUGACCCGACACCUGUGUUCUCCACUGAGAAAAAGUGUGCUGUAACAUCUAACAGCUUCUCAAUGUGAUGCACACUAGUUUAGGAGCUAAAAACAUACUUUAAAGAAUGCACUGACAGUGAUGGAAGGCUGCCCACACUGGCUUUCUGUCGAAUACUGUGAGCUUUGCUCUAACUCUGUCUGUAAGGAAUUACCCAUAAACUGGGCUGCUUGGGCACAGUUACAACUCUGCCUUUGGUUCUGUUCUGUAAGUCAUUGCUGUUACUGGUUAUUGCAGGUUAUUACUCUGGACCAAAAAGGUUAGGAAUGUAUAGGAUAAACAUGAGAAGUUGUUCGCAUUCAUAGAAAUAUAAAAGGUAGAAUUUAUUCAGAGAUGAAAGUGGCCUGUGGGAAUGUCACCUUUAUCUCAGGUCAGCUUGGCUCUUAAGCUGGAGUACAGUGAUGGGCAGGAGAUAAAAAUCAGAUCUGUAAAGUGCAGUGGUUCUUAGGCUUGAGCCAGAACCAGGCUUUCCAACAGAAUGUCCUAUUGCCCCUGCCUCUCAGGCAGGAGAAAUUCACUGUUUUCUUAGAGUCCUCAGCUAUGUAACUAUGUUGUCAUCUUUCCAUAUAGCAGAAAGUCUGUGUUUCGACACUCCUGAUGUGCUCUGAAACUGCUUGCUAUCUCCUAGGUUACAUUAGACUUCUUAAAACUUUUUUUCCUGUUUUCAGUAGAGAACCUGCUGUUUAUGCUGUAUGUGAAGACAACCAAAUAAAAAUUGGUGAUAAAUGA